CCGGUGAAGGAGCCUGUAUGUACUGAUUUGACGGGUACCGUUUUGGCCGACGAGAGGAUGGCAUCGAUGCAAGGGCAUCAGAGACUCCUCCUCCUCCUCCUCCUUGUCGUUGGUUGCAGCUUUGACUUCUCCAUGGCCAAGAAACGAGAGAAUGAGGACAUGAAAACAAUCGAUGCCAUGUUGAGGAGGAUCCAUGGCUUGACUCGUGGGAUCAAGAGUCACACGAAGAAAGCUCACUCAUACUCGAAGCAAAUCGAGGGAGCCAAACAUCGAGUGCGAGCGGCUCGUGUGAGCACGAAGAACGCACAGAUCAGACAUCAUGUGAACAAGGCGCUGCAGGAAGCUGAGAACGCCGAGAAAGCGCUCAAGAACAGCGACAAGAAGAAGCGAUCGCAGUCCUCGCUGCAGGAUGAUGCUAAGAGGAAGAUGAUCGCGCAGAAGAUGAAGAUGCUGCAGAAACAGAUCUCUGAUGACUUCUCCUCGGUGACAGCGUUUGGCAAUAAGGCUGGGUACCUCCCUCCGAUCAAGAUGCCCAAGAUAUGAGGAAGGAAAGGAGAUGGCAGAGAAAGGAUGGCGAGGGAGAGGGCACAUGAAUUCUUUUAGAUCAUGUAUUUAC